AUGGCAUCCACCAAGGUCGCUCCUCUUCUUGCACUGAGCAUUCUCCUCCUCGCCGUCGCCGUGCAUGGCUGUGAGCCCCACUGCUCCGGCGGCGGUCGGCCGGUCAUCCCGACGCCGCCCGUGGUGCCGACGCCGUCGUACCACCGCCAUGGCCGCUGCCCGAUCGACGCUCUGAAGCUGCGGGUGUGCGCCAACGUGCUGGGGUUGGUCGGCGUGAAGAUCGGGGCCGGCCCCGACGACUGCUGCCCGCUGCUCGACGGGCUCGUCGACCUCGACGCCGCCGUCUGCCUCUGCACCGCCAUCAAGGCCAACGUGCUGGGCCUCAACCUCAACGUCCCCGUCGACCUCAGCCUCAUCCUCAACCACUGCGGCAAGAUCUGCCCAUCCGACUUCACCUGCUAAAACGUGCUCAAUUAUAUUCAACCGUGAAUGCACGGUAUUCGAUCGUGAGUUUGGUUUGCAUGCAACAUGGCUGGCUGAUGAGUUGCAUGAUUGAAGAUUAAUCACGGAAUAAUUCUCUUGAGAUUACAUUACUCGAUAGUUUCUGCAUUUACAGGGGAGUCUAUAUAUAUAUUGUACGUACUUUACCAUUCCUGAAUUGUCACAAGUUGUAACACCAGUUGUAUUCAUAUUUUUCAUCAAUAAGAUAAUCGGCA